AUGCCUGUGCCUGGCUCCCAGCUCCCUCUGCCCCGCUACGGCUCUGGCCAGCAGCCCCUGAUUCUACCACAGUCCAUCCAGCUCCCUCAGGGGCAGAACCUGCCUGUAGGAGCUCCCCGAAGAAUCCUCCCUCCUGGAUCCCAGCCUUCUGUUCUUGCUACCAGCAGGGAGUCCUCCCAAAUGGAAAUGAAAGGUUUUCAUUUCUCCGAUGGGAAACAGAGUAUGUCCUCUGGAGCAUCUGUACCAUCACCACAUACGUACAGAAUUUACUCCAUGAAUGUUGUCGACUCUUCGAUUUCCAGGCCUAGCUCUGCCAGCCCAAGCGGGAAGCCGUCUGGACCAGCAGUUAGUAUGGGCUCUGUGCAAGGACACUAUGUACAACAGGCAAAGCAGCGGGUGGAUGAAAAUAAAGCCAACCUGGGAGCAGUGAAGCUGCAAGAAACAGCCUCCACAAACCAGAUGAAGCCAGUGCGCACAGGAGCGAUCAAACCUCAGGCAGUCAAAGUGGAGGAAAGCAAGGCCUAGGAGAACUUCUGAUGCCCAGCUGGUCCCGCCGCCUGAGAGGCACUGCAGCUUAGACUGGACCCCACUGGAUCUCCUGAAAAUCUCACCAGAUCUACUCCCUGCCCCACACUGACUGACUACAGCAACAUCAUCCAAGCUCCUCUCCCAACAAAGCAGUUUGAAACAGUGGAUAUGACAUUGACCUGCUUGCUUUAAAACAAACCAACCAUGUGACUUUUAAGUGGCUCGAGCCAUUUUUUUAUUUUAUCCCACCCUCCAUGCCCCAUCCCCAGGUAGCUGUGAUUGCUCACUUGGCAAAGCCCAUCUUUCUCCUUCCCUACUUGUGUCUCAGCAGAGUGGCAACUGUGGGAGAGGGGUUAGUUUGAGGUUUUUCAUUUUAAAGGCAGCUGAGGUUUUUACAAGAAAAAGCUAUAUCUUUGUUUAUAGCAGAACUUUUAUAUGUUCUCUCAUUUUUCUGCCCCCCUUCUUUCUGCUUUCCUCAUUCCUUCUCGAAAGGAAUUUCCUUCAGCUAAAAUUAUGUUCUGACAAAGCUCUGCUCAGUUUUAUAUAGAGUUCUGUGCUAUGUUGAGAAUC